AUGUCUCCAUGCGUACAUGUUAAUGAGAAGCCUCCUUCUAUGGAGAUUGAUAGAUUGAAAUCAUCUGGGUCCAGCUCUUCCACAUCCAUGGGGGAAGAAGCAACUACGUCGAGUAAUAAUAGUGCUGAUCAUUCGCAUCCUUUACUUACAAACCGGAACGUAGUACCCAAUGUAGAGUCGAGUACUAAUACAGCGACCCUUUUGCAAGAAAAUAAGGUGGCAAAAAAGAGGCCGAUGGAAAAGACGCCGCAAAGCUUUUCGGAUGAGGGCAAUGAUUUCUUCAAGUAUGUGGAUCCAGCACCUGCGUUACCACCAACAUACAAAGCAAGCAAUCCUAAUCGUAGAAUUCGCUUUCCAAUCUAUGAGAACGUAGAGGGGUGUACAGAAGCUCUACCUAGGUACACAUCAGCUGUUGAUGAAGUUACGGUCGUCUCAAUGAAAUUAGAAUGGUUAUCGCCUUACCAAACAUCGCCGGGGCGCAAUUGGCGCAAUUGUCUUAUGGUAAUUAACUCUACACAACUGAAUUUUUAUCAGAUUGAUGAAAGUCUGACCGCGGGAAUAAAGCAUUAUUCCAAUGGUGAUACAAGGGAUAACAACCAUUCGCAUUUUCUUUCUUUGACGGCAAAAAAUGCAUACCAAUUCAAUAAAGCCGAUCAAGAGCGUAUAACUUUUAAUCUGAAAAAGAACAAAAAGAAAUGUUUGAGCAACGAUAAGAUAAUCAAAAGUUACUCUUUACAGUUUGCAAAGCUGGGCAUCCCAACAGAUUAUACUAAGAGAACAUUUGUCCUACGAAUGCGUUGUGAGUCCGAACAGUUCCUAUUGAAUUUCGCUCAUGUUGAUGACAUGAUAAUGUGGACAAUGUAUUUGCAAGUGGGAAUUGGAAUUUCUCUGGAUUUAACUUUGCGAGAAUACCCUAAUUAUCGUAUAGUCCCACGGAGGAGAAGGCGUCGGAGGAGAAGAGAUGCAGACGGAAUAUUUUCCUUUACCAACGGUCCGACCCCGCAGGGAAGAUCCAAUUCUACAGGUUUCAUACAGAUGAGCAAAAUGAGUUCACAUGGAACUCUCAAUAGCUCUCCUAGGAACUCGCCACCUCCAAGAAUGGGGCCCAUCAGAAGCUCGAGUUCUGGACAUCUGCAGUUUUUUGGAAAGACGCAAACUUCUCAGACGUCCAAAGGACCUUUGGCAGCAUCCUCUGGCACAAACAAAUCAGUAACCAUUAAGCAUCAGCCCGCUCUAUCUUUCAAAUCCAAACUUAAAGGUCUCUUCAAGGCAAAAAAUGACGGAAGGCUAAACUCUCCGAAAAAAGCUGCUGUUGCUAAACUCUACAGGCAACAGAGUGGAUUAAAUUGUGUGAUGGAAGAUGAAGAAGAAGAAAAUGUGCUGAGAACAAAGUCUCUACCUGACCAAGAGUACCCAUCUUUAGAUAAGGAAAUUGAUAAAGAUUCUCAACCGUCAGUGACUAUCGGAGUUCGAAAAGAGCCUCCAAAGACAAUUGAAAUACCAUUGCCUGAUUCAAACGAUCACCUAAAUCCCAAUGCUUCGAUUUCACUUCCUGCUAGUCCCGGUGAAGGGUUUUCAAAACCAGGUGUGAUUUAUCCCGAGCUAAGAUCUGCUCAUAUUAACCACAAGGAAUUGGAAGAAUUCAGAGAGGUUGUGCGUGAGCAUAACGAAGCAGAGGAAGCCGAAAUGAAUCCUGCCUCCAUUCCAUUGGAGAAAUCUUCAGCCGCGGCCGGCCAUGCUGGAAACGGGGUACUACAGGAUGAGCCAGAACAGGAAGAGGAGGAACACGACGGAGAUGAUGAUGAUGAUGACGAUGAUGACGAUGAUGACGAAGAGGAUGACGAAGAGGAUGAUGAGGAGGAGGGGGGAGGUAAUCAAAAUGCUGCGAACUCCUUUGAUCAAGGUAGAUCAAUAUAUGCUGAUGAAGGGAUCUUUCAUGAUAGUGAUGAUGACUACGUUUACACAAACGAGACAAGAUUAAGUUAUAGGAAUCGUGCCUCUUCCACGACAAGUGCAUUAUCAAACACACCAUAUGGCAGCGAUGAGGUGAAAUGGUCUCCGCCAAUAAAACAAAUGUCCCGAAGACGGUACAUAAGAGAUUCUCUUAGAUGUAUCAAACCUCUAUCUGAGGGACAUAGAUGGAUCGGUAAGCUGGUGUGUCGUCCAAGUAAAGCACCUCCCUUUGAGACAAGCAAUAAGCCCAUACCAAUAGGAACCUGUUUGCAAGAAUUUCAAAAACGGAAAUAUUUAGCAUUCGAACCAACAUGGGAAAAUGUUGAUUAUAAACAAACUAAAAAUCACUACCUUAAAUUGUUUGUUGUGGGACCUACUGGCUUUUGGAAGUCCGGUACAAAAAUGUUUGACUCUUGGAAAGAAAUGCCCUAA